AUGUCUCCAUAUGGCUGGAUUCCUGAUGAUUUAGCCCUUACCUGUCUAAGCUGCUUUAUCGAGGCUAUAGGUAAUACAGAUCGGCUAAAGCGUCGCGAAAGCGCUUUCUUAUAUUCGAUGGUUAUAAAAUGCGAGGUUAACUCUAUUAUACUAUUCGUAUUUCAACCGCAUUUAACACAUUUCUGUUGGCUACUUGACGGAAAGCCCUUUCUGAAUUAUAAACAGCAAUUUCGGAUGAUGAACAAUGAUCUGGCUUUCUGGAGCGGCCUGCCGUAUGGGGGAUCAGAUUUCCUCGCAAUUAUCGGGCCUAUUCGUGAGAAAGCCUUAACGCAGCGAAUUAUUCGCGAAUCCUUCAAGGAUCGUGGAAUUUAG